GCGAAUUAGCUGAGAUGCGGCGCGUAUUGAUGACGUAAUAAUUCCGGGCCCGUUAUUUUCAAGAAACGCGACGACGGAAGUCAAAUUAAGUGAAGCAUCACAGAGGGGGUUGUUUAUUUAUUUCUGGAGGACAAGAAGACGUCAAAAUGUGUUAAAAACAAUCUGAUGGUUUGAAUGAAGAAAUCCUGAGGAGGAAACAAUACAAAUCAGAAGAGCUGGGAAGUGAAUUGAGCUGAUAUUUGAUCAGGUUCACCUGCUGUUCAGGAGUAUGGUGGGUGGGUGUGUCUGGCUGCUGCUCCUGUCUGUCUCUCUCAGGGUGUCGUCUCUGCCAAUAGAGCGCAAUCCUCCGACACAGGACGAGAAAGCAGAGGAAAACCUGGACACAGGGCUGUAUUAUGAUCGUUACCUGCGUGAGGUGAUCGAGGUUCUGGAGACGGAUCCUCACUUCAGAGAGAAACUGCAGAACGCAAACACUGAGGAUAUUAAAAACGGACGCCUCAGUAAGGAGCUGGAUCUGGUGGGUCAUCAUGUCCGAACUCGGCUGGACGAGCUGAAGAGACAGGAAGUGUCCCGCCUCAGGAUGCUGCUCAAGGCCAAACUGGACAGCACCAACAUACAGCGUGUUCAGAUGGAUCACGUGUCCUUACUGAAGCAGUUCGAGCAUCUGGACCCUCACAACCAGAACACAUUCGAGGCCAGAGACCUGGAGCUGCUCAUUGCUACGGCCACUAAAGACCUGGAGAAUUAUGAUGCAGAGCGUCAUGAGGAGUUCAAGCGUUACGAGAUGCUGAAGGAACAUGAGAGGAGGGAGUACCUGAAGAGUCUGGACCAGGAGAAGAGGGAGAGGGAGGAGAAGAGGAUGGAGGAGAUGAAGGAGAAACACCGCCAGCAUCCCAAAGUCAACGCUCCGGGGAGUGUGGACCAGCUGAGAGAGGUGUGGGAGGAGACAGAUGGGCUGGACCCGCAAGAGUUCAACCCCAAGACCUUCUUCAAACUCCACGACACUAACGGAGACGGUGUGCUGGACGAGCAGGAGCUGGAAGCGCUCUUCACAAAGGAGCUGGAGAAGGUGUACGACCCGAAGAACGAGGAGGACGACAUGAUGGAGAUGGAGGAGGAGAGGCUGCGGAUGAGGGAACACGUUAUGAAAAAUGUGGACCUGAAUCACGACCGCCUGGUCAGCCUGGACGAGUUCCUCAAAUCCACGGAGAAGAAAGAGUUCAACAGCCCGAAGGAGUGGGAGACACUGGAUGAUAAGCCAGUGUACACGGAGGAGGAGCUUCAGCGCUUUGAGGCGGAGCUUUUGGAUAAACAGGUUGAGCUGAGCAGAAGGGCGGAGACUCUGAGACAAGAACAGGAGCUUCUGAACGAGAGAGGCAAAGCACUGGAGGCACAGAAGAGAGAGUACCAACAGGCGGUGAUGGAGAUGGCGCAGAGACAGAAGGCCCAGCAGGCGGCGCACCAGCCGCCUCCAUCAGGCCCGAACGGGGAACUGCAGUUCCAGCCGGACGCUCACAACCUGGAUCAAGUUGGAAAAGUGCCUGUUGAUCAGAACGGAGAAGUCCAGAACGGUCCGCCUGCUGAGCCACCACAGAACCUUCCUCAACACACACCAUAACAACUCGCCUCAUGUAACGCAUACGUCAGACUCCUCGUAUUCUUCUGAAUGGACUGCCUCAAUACACACACUGCUGCUAAACACACUCCUCAUCCUAAUCUCUAAUUACAGCCAACUUUUGAUAUACAGUUUGGGUUUUAAUCUCAUUUGAUUUAAAGGAAAACUCCUCCCUGAACCAUUUGCAUAUUAAUCUGCAUAAUUAACACGUCCUCCAACAUUCAUUUUGUAAUGAAGUUCUAAUGGCUUUCUAUGUUACACAUAAUACCGUCCGACUUCCUGCUGAUAGCGGUGCAUUGGGAUUUAGCCUUUUCUUCAUCUCUAACUAAAGAGAGCGAUGCGGCAGCGCUUUAGUGCUUCGGUCUGUUCCGCUCGUUGUACAGCUGCAUCGCAAAACCUGAUCGUUUUCGUCAUUGAUUUUGAUUUACUUCAGUAGUAUCUGCGAAAAUACACCACCAACCAAGAAAUUGCUAAAACGUCAAAAAAAAAAUUUGAAUACAAAAGUAUUAAACGUGUUUCAGGGUGGAGUUUAACUUGAAUAGUGUGUGUGUGUUUAGAUUUUUCCGCAGCCUCUUCUCACAAAGCUGAAAUUUGGUUUCCUUUGGUUUAAAGAAAUGGUGAAAAUUUUGGUAAACUUUUCAAUGCAGUUGAUUGGCUGAGGUGUGUGUAUUGUUUCAUUUUGCAUUGAAGCUACAAGAUUAAUGUUGCUAACAGGUUAACAGGAGUCUUCAUUUUGUUCUUUAGUGAUGUCACAUUGAAGCAUUGUUCAUGGCGGUGGCCGUCUUGGACAUUCAUAAUCAAUCAUACUUUAUGCUGUGGUCGACUUUCCCUGGAAGUGGGAAUUAAGUCAUUUUCCGAAAAACAAAAUGGAUGCCGUGUUUGGAAUCGCAAUGAUCUCGUCAGUGACGUGAUGAGUUGCGCGAAACAGCGAACUGUACGGUUCGUGUUAGAGAUUUAACAAGCUGUGGGUGGCCAUGUUGUUUUGACGUCACAAGUUGCAAACUUUUUUUUUUUUUUUUGAAUGCAGGGUUAUUUCUUGGUGCAGUUUGGUUUGUCUCCGCCCCUAAAUUGGUAGGCCACACCUAAAGGUGGAUGUGGAGGAUGAGUAAAUUUCCACCAUCAACUUGAACCGUGCUGUUUUACAAACUGAUUAACUGAAAGAAAGAGGAUUAAGAGGCGUAACGACAUUUAGGCUUUCGUACGUUCUUUAUGGAUUUUACGUGACCCAGACUUCUGUUUCAACCUGAUGCACAUUUUUGCUUUAAUACUUCUGGAACGUUCACUUAUUUGAUUUGUAAACACUCACGCCAGCGUGCGCACCGUGAGCAGACUGAAUGUGAUUGUUGUGGAUUCUGUUUAUUAUUUUAAUUGUAAUAAAGCUGUUGUCAGAUUCUA